AUGGAUUCACGAGACUACGCAUUCAAGACCUUCGGCGAGGCUGAAAAGGUCUACGCUACAGCCCAUUGGGCUAAGUCAAAGGCCGAUGCGCCACUCGGCAUCGCUCUCGCCUUUCACGGUGGUGGCUUCGUCGUCGGCUCCAGACUUAUGUUGCCCAUGGAGCAAAUAGAAUAUUUGGCCAACGCCGGGUUCGUUGUUGUCUCGGCCGAUUACCGACUAUGCCCCCAGGUCUCUUUGUACGAUGGACCUAUCCAAGAUGCGAAGGAUGUUUACGCAUGGUGCAAGGAGGCUCUUCCCGGUCUGUUGAAGAAUGAUGCGGCACUUGAAGUGGAUCCUUCCCGCACCGUCGUAUUCGGACACUCUGCCGGUGGUAACUUGGCUUUGCACACGGGUGCUCUCGCUGAUCCCCCACUUGCCAUUCUUGAUUUCUACGGUGUCAAGUACACAACUGAUCCUUUCUGGUUCGAGCCUUUGCCCGCUCUUGCCAUGAUCCCAGCACUUCCCGAGCAAUUCAUCAACCAGGUUUUUGACGAGCCAGUAUGCUCCACCACGAUGCUUUCCCUCGAACGCGCGACCAACACCAGUGAUAAGCCCAAGAGUAAAGGUUUGCCUCGUCCUGACCUUUCCAUCCCGAGAAACGCAUGGUUGUUCGUUAGUUUGAAGGAUGGCACACAGCUCAAGGCCAUCGUCAAGGAUGGUGAUUACAAGCGUAUUGAUCCCGUCAACUCCUUCACCGAGAAGUUCCCCCCUACAUUCUUCAUCCACGGAGAUGCAGAUGGUAUGGUCAUCCCCAAGUUUAGUAUCCAAGCCAAGGAGAAGCUUGAAAGCCUCGGUGUUGAGACUGGAAUUUUACUCCCCGAGGGCAAGUCUCACGGCUUUGAUGUUGGAGUUGAGGUUGAUGAGCCCGAGUUUGCUCCUAUUCGUGCUGGUCUUGAUUUCUUGAUCGCCCACGCAAAGCGCUAA